GAACUUCUUCAAACGGCCCUUCUGAAAGCUCUUUUUUUGAGUAGCGAAAGCAGAAGCCCUUCAAUUUGUGCCGCUCCAUACAAAAAAUGAAGGAGAAAGGAAUAAGUUUCAGAAAAGCCUUUUGGAUAAGAUUUUAGCUCCUGAUAUUAUCUACUGGAUAGUAUUUAUGUAUGACCCCUCAGUCGUGUACCUGAUCAGGAACUUGCACUUUUUCGGCAUUCGCCUGAAAAGAAAAGAUUUUAACCAAAUAAACAAAACAGAAAGAAGAUAUUCAACAUGUUAGAAAAAACGUUUUGGUUUCAGUUUUCGACUACUAAUGACAGAAGGCUUAUGGGUCGAUUAUGUAUAGCAACGCAACUAUGGUUCGGUUGGCAGCUUGCAACGCAACUGAAAAGAAAACUUGUAUUACAAAUGGCAACUAUCGCCAGUUGCUGAAAAGUUUUCGAUUAUUGAAAUUUGACAGCUCGUCAACCAGCGCAGGAUUGUAAACAAGCAAAAUAAUCGCAAAAUAAAAGUGAAAUAAAGUUAUUAAUAUAGAGUUUUUAAUAAUAAGUCUUGCUACAAUGCUUAGUUCAAUAGAACUAUUUUUUGAAGAGGAGGAGGAGUGUACGAACGCAGCAUCAAUCAGGCGACAUUUAAGGGAUAAUUCCAAUCCUUUAGAGCUGCCGCCGGCACUAUUUAAAGCAUAUUUCCGACUUCCAAAAGAAGCUGUAUUAUAUUUGGUAAAUACAUUGAGGAAUGACUUUAGGGGGAACCAUCGUUCAACUGCAGUACCUCCGCUAAUAAAAGUUUGCGCAGCUUUCCGAUUUUUUGCAGAAGGAAGUUUUAUGAAGUCUCACGGCAAUGACUUCAAUUUGGGACUGGCGCAACCUACGAUGUCGGUUGUUUUAAAACAGAUGCUUCAACUGAUUGAGGAAAAAAUUUGCAGCCAAUGGAUUACUGCAAAAAUGGCCGAGGAAGAGAAAUCCAAAAACAAGAACUUCUUUUACUCGAAAACGAAAUUUCCUGGUGUUGUUGGAUGUAUAGAUGGGACACAUGUGCAUAUAAUGGGACCGAUGGAGGAUGUUCGCCACUUAUAUAUGAACAGAAAAGGAUAUUUCAGUUUGAAUGUUUUACUGGUGAGUUAUGUUAUCCUGUAUGGUUAUUUUGUACGACAUUUCAUUUUUGUUUUUUUGUAGAUGUGCGAUUACCAAAUGCGGAUACGGUAUGUUGAUGCUGGACAUCCAGGAUCUACUCAUGAUGCUUUUAUUUGGAACAAUAGUGAUUUGAAACAAAUGGUUGCUGAUGAUUUUGGUCAGAACACCUGGCUUCUAGGUUGUAUUUCGUUAAUAGUUAUGAAACCUUUUGAUUUAACCUUAAAAUACCUAGGUGCUUCUGGAUUUCCAUUAGAACCACAUCUUUUGACCCCUUUUCGUUCAGCGGAACGUGAUAGAGCGGACAAAUGGCGUCCUUAAGUCUAUAUUUAGAUGUCUUUCUGCUGAAAGGGGCCUGCACUAUAAACCUGACAAAGCUGGGUCAAUAAUAAAUGCAUGUUGCGCGUUGUAUAAUAUUGGUUUACACUAUAAAGCAGACUGGGAGGAAGAUCCGACAAUCUCGCAAGAAGUUGCAAGUCCAAAUGUAACCGAGAAUGAUAACACCGUAGCCUCUGAUAUAAGAUAUAAUG